UUGUGCACACAUGCAGUCACUUCCAGAGUGCCUGGCGUGAAAAGGAGUUUUCGGAAGGCCUCAUCACGACCAAGACUGGAUCGUGUGGAAUGCGUCUGCUGGUCGAUUGGCCUGUCUGACUCGAUGACCUCUGAGUGGGUUGUCCGGCUCCAACGAAGCAGUAGCCAAGGCUGUGUUUGGUUGGCACAUCGUGAACCCCAAGUACACGCGAUCGUGGUCAAGGCUGAACCGGCGGUGUCCAUGUGCUCCAGCGACCGAAUCGAUGUCGUCAGGCCGUGGUUGCAAUUAGCAUCGUUCGUGCCUCCGGCAGAAGAUCGUGGUUGUAGUCAAUUGUUUUUAUUAAAAAAUGACUCGUUUCGAGAACUGUCACUGGAGUCUUGCCACAACAGAAACGAAUUUCACAUUCAGCAUCACCAACCCCAACCGGACAUGAAUCCGGCUGAUUGA